AUGUACUCUGUAGUCUUGGCUACACUCGUACAUAGCAGCAGAGGCCAGACCUUCAAGGCGAAGUACUGGGCUGAGCAGGGUGUCAGCCAUGUACAAAUGGGAUCACGUUUCUUAGUGCACUCUGUACUGGUAUCCGUUCCUUGGAGUCUUGGACAAGAACUGCAAAUUCAGACGGGGCGAGCCAUGGAUAUGGGUGCCGUACCUGGCCCUGGCGUUUCCAUGUCUACCAUGUCUAUGGCCCCAUGCUCCUUUGUCUUUCCCAUCUCUUCUAUUUUAAAUAAAGCAGAUACCCCGUCCCUCUCCCUCAAAGCUCAUCCCACCCCUUGCUGCUUGCUGUUUCCUGAUCUGUGUUUGCGCGCUUGUGCUGCUUUUGCGAACCUGGAAAAGAGGGACAUACCCUACCAGUACCUUUUUACGGAUACCUCGUACAGCUGCGUGCAAUCAACCUUUGGGUCGAAUCCGAGUUUGGCCCCGGUUCCUGCAAAACCUUGUUGGGCUUCUCACGCCUCUCCUUUCCCCAUUGCCCCUCUUCCUCCUUCUCAUCGAUUCGUACUUUGUACGGACACUGUACGCAGUAUCUCGCUCGCUCCCGUCAUCCUUCUCUUGUCCACUAUCGUUCCCAUCCCCGUCCCUGUCACGGCUAAGCUUCUCGCGUCCCGCGCCUGCCAGCCUCCGACCUCCGACCCGGUGGGCCUACCAGACGGCCCCGUUCCUGUUGCCUGCCUGGCCUGACCAACAGUGUCACUGCCUGAGGCGAGCUUGCGUUCCCAUCCUCGCCGUGUUUGCACCGGCAAUCAACCAGAAGGCUGAGAGCUUCGCCACAAUCCAACAUCUCUCAUCUCCCCACAUCCAUCUCUGUACGUAUCGACAUCAGCGCGGUACAGAGAUACAGAAACGCUGUACGAUUACACUUGUCCGUGGCCGAGCCAUCUUCUAGCCAAUCCUUCGCUAGGCUAGCAUUCGUUUCCGCUCCAGGGCCACAUCGAUAGCCACACAGUUAGCUUACUCUCUUUCGUACAUCGACUACUAUUACCGUGACAGCAGGCACAUUUACACAAAGCUGUCUGCAGUGCCCCUCCAACUUAUUUAUC